UCCACGGCAACAGAGGAGGAGUUUGCACUUCGACCCGUGACCACAUCGGCGGAAAUGAGGAACUAGGAAGUCGACUUCAGGGCUGAUGUGGAAUACCACACAUUUGUUUAAGAUGAAUUAGUGUCACUUACAGCAACUUAUUCAUUUUCAUUCACCACAGAUACCGAUUGGCAUAAGCGGUCAUCCCACAUGCAGUGGCGACGCUAGCUUGUUCGAGAAAGAUGCUUCAGAGGUGACCUAAAUUGGAGUGGGGUGAAUGUGUGGGGUGUUUGCGGAGAGUAACUUUUGAUUUUUAUGUACUCUUGGUCGCUCAUUUCCUGUGAUUAGAAGCUAAACAAAAUGCCUCGGCCAAAUUGAAGUAAUACACUUAUCAUUUCACACACCAAAAUCCAUAAUUUUACACUUGAAGUCAUCAUGUCAUUGGGCGAACAGUCACAGAAGUGGUUUCCAACUCAUGUCCAAGCCACUGUUCUUCAAGCCACAGACCUGCAACCAAAGGGCAAGAAUGGCACCAACGAUGCCUACACCAUCAUCCAGCUGGGCAAAGAAAAGUACUCCACAUCAGUGUCGGAGAAGACCCUCAGCCCAGUGUGGAGGGAAGAGGCUUCAUUUGAACUGCCAGGGCUGCUGAUGGAGAGCAAUCCAGAGGUGUAUGAGCUGUGCCUCACAGUCAUGCACAGGUCCCUGGUUGGAUUGGAUAAGUUUCUGGGCCAAAAAAUCAUCAACUUAAAUGAGAUAUUUGACAACAAGGAACGGAGGAAAACUGACUGGUACACGCUAGACUCACGGCCAGGUAAGAAGAGGAAAGACCGAGGCAAGAUUCAAGUUAGCAUUCAGUUCAUGCGGAACAACAUGACCGCCAGCAUGUUCGAUUUGUCUAUGCGAGACAAACCCAGAUCACCGUUCUCCAAGCUCAAGGAAAAGAUGAAGGGUCGCAAGCACAACGGUGCCUUUUCAGACACAUCUUCCGCCAUCCUUCCUCGCUCAGGACAGAGCGAGACUGAUUCUCUGCCAGACCAGCACCCGCACCCUCACCCUCAGGCUGCACCUGAACCCAAGCCAAAACGCUCGCUGCUCACUGGGACGCAGAAACUUUCUGCUGCUCACUCCAUGUCUGAUCUGAUAGGAACUCACUUCAGGCCCAAACUCGACUCCAUGAACUCUAUUGAGGAGAAAGGGGUUGCUGCAUCUCACAGACACUCUCAGAGUGAUGGAUAUGGUUGCCCAACCAGCGACGUUCAAUGUGACCCCUUUUCCGACAUCGGAGACAACAUGCCCCAGAAAUUCGCCACUCUCCCACGCAACCGCAAUCCCUUCGAGGGAGAUCAGGGGAUGCUGUGGGGGGCAGAGAAGAGAGAGAAGAAGGUCGGUCUUCUGGGCAGAGUGACUGGGAAGAAGGAAGGAAAGAAAACAGCCACUGGAACGCGAACAGGAAGCUCUGGAGACCUGCGAUCUCCAAACCCCUUUACCAGUGAAAGCAACCCUUUCCUCUCACACUACAGAUCCAGUGACAACAUGAGAAAUCCCACUAGUACUGAGGACCUUACACAGAGAUUCAAAACCUCUCCUGAAAAGAAGCACGGCAUGAAUAGUGCAAGAGAGCAUGAGCCUGAACAUCUGCAGACGAAUAUGGUGGCCUACAACAAUCUCUCCUUUGCAGAAGUUGUGCAAGAGCUCAUCAAGCAGAAAGAGGUGGUGAGAAAGAAAGAUGCUCAUAUUCGGGAGCUGGAGGACUACAUUGAUAACUUGCUGGUCAGGGUAAUGGAAGAGACACCCAGCAUCCUGAGAACACCCUAUGAGCCCAAGAGAAAAGCUGGGAAGAUCUCAAAGAAGUAAAGGAUCUCCAAAGCAUAUUAUAACAGUUUUCUGGCAAAAUAUGUAUUGCUUGCAAAAGGACAAUGGAAUGUCAUUUCUGAUAGGCCAAGUGUAUUUGUUCACACACAGACAGAUUUCUUGCCAUAAAGUUACUCUAGGUUUGCAAGAACAACCGGAUAUAUUGUGAAGAAAGAUGGGCACUAAAUGUGGAGAUGCCAAACCCCCUUUUUUAGAUUUUUCCAUUACUUUAUUUUGAUUUUUUUUUAAAGAAUCUUUUGAGCUGUUGACUAAUACUUUGAGUAAAACGUUUUUGAAAAUCUUCACAAGCAGCCAUUCAUAGUUUAGAGCGGUGAUCUUGCGCGAGGAGACCAACGUUAUGUUUUUACUGACAAUAACUGUGUUUAAGUUGACUUUUAUUUUGGAUUCAGUCAGUAUAACAGAAUUGAGCACUUAAUACUCUCACUGUGUUUUGCGAUGAUCACUUGGGUGGACUGUCCAUAUGAGGCCUUUAAUUUGCUGUGACUGAAUUCACACUUCAAAAGCUGUACCAGAUCAAUUGACCACAAAAAUGUGGUGAAGCAAGGAAACACUUGGAUGGCACCAUGGGACAUAAAGGUGAUUGUUUACUGCAUGUUCUAGCACCGGAGCAUAUUGGGUUCGACAGGGUAACUCUCCUGUCACUUUUUUGACUCAUGAUUUUGGCAUGUGUUUGGUGCCAUAUUGAUACGUUACAAGACGUCGGUACUGAAAACUUUUGGUACUUUUUUUUCAAAGCAUAUGUCUAUAAAAAAAAAAAUACACUCAGAAUUACACUACCAAUAUUUAUUUUGAGCUUGAUUGCAAUGAGCAAAUGUGUAUGUGUGAAUAACACUGUUCACUUUUUAAGUCUAAAAACAAACUGCCUGUUACAUACAGCGAUGACAGACGUGUAGAAAUGAGCAUCCAGACUCCAAAGACUUCAUUGUGAAUGUCCUUCAGUUGAUCUGGAAUGUACUGAUGCUGAAUUUCUUUAGUGUACCGCAGGACUGUCAAAAUGUGUGGGCUGCCUACAGUUGACUACAUCAAAGGUUUGUUGAUUAAACUUAAGCUAGCCGGUCAGUCAAUCAAGCACAUAAGUAUUAUAUAGCCCCUUUUUAAUUUCUAAUUUUACCAGAGCAAGUCUAGCCCAUGCGUAUUUAAAACCAUAGCAAAUAACUGAUUAAUUUGGCACGUCUGGAUGCCUCAUUAUGGAAAUAUUUCAGUCGGUUUGAUUCAUUACAAUGUAUAGCAUGUUUCGUGAUGAGCGAUGUAGACAAAAACUAGCUGAAGAACAAUUGUUUACAGAUUGCUUUAUAGAUUCAAGGCAGUACUCUUUGACAUUGUACUGCUUUCGCAAUACUUUUCUUGUAGGACACUUCUUAUAGUGUUGAUUUUUUCUAGUGAGAAAAUGACAUUGGCUAUCAUUCUUGGUAACUCCGCAUAUAUUUUGCACCCUGGGCUGUUACACUGGAGCAUCUGUGUAGUGAAAUACUGUACAGCAGUGGUACAUGUGCGCCCCGCAUACUUAAAAAUGUACAUUUGAGAAAACUAGAACGAUUGUUGUCUGUAAAAUAACCCAUUUUAAUAUGUUAGCCCUUCAUGUGAAGAACGAAACUAUUCUUUAGGCCAUAAUACCCCUUUUUGAUAUUUUUAAGACACAAUAAGUAUAUAAGUUCUCUGUGUAUAUAGCUCUGCAGCAAGCUUCCCAGAAGUAGUUUUUCUUAACAACAUGGUUAAAACACUGUGCUGGUUAGUUUUGCUGGAAAGGAAGUCUCGUCUUUUAUAAUAUUCAGUCACAAUGAGCAAGUGAUGUAUUCUAGCUGUAAAUUAUUAUUGUUUUGUUCAUUUAGAGUUUUAUUUACUUACAUUUUAUGUAUUUGGAGAGGUUUACAUGUGUGUAAUUGGUUAUUCAUGUUAAAAUCAUUCAGUGCCACGUGCAGUGUUAAACAGUGCUGACAUUAGUUAAACACUCUAGUUUAAUGUCAGUUUUCUAAAAAUGAGGCCAUUUUGAGGACAUUUUGUGUGAGCAGACAGAAGCUAGUUUUUCCAUAUAGUUCUGUUUACGUGCAAAAUUGUUUAUCCUUUGUAUAUGGAUAAACGUGUUAAAGCUUAUAUUUACAAAUCAUUUACAAAUGUUGUAUGCCAGGCUCACGUUAUUUAAACCAGGAGCAUGUUAUUUAUUAAUGAUUUUUUUUUUGUUCUGCAUUAUAUUUGUCACUGGCCAAAAAUGUUUAAUUGAAUUAAUUAAAUUCAGAAAAAUUAUACGAUGAAGAGUAAAGUUAGC